AUGUUGCCAUCUGGAUCGACAAUAAAGCGCGACACGCAGUCCGUCACAAACCGUACAGCAAACGCUGCUUGUCUGGAACAAGCAACUGGUUCUCCCAAAGGUUCCGUCAAUAUCACCGGCAUCAGCAGUUCAGGAGCAACCGGUACCAAAGGUCGACGUCGCCGCAACAUUCAAUGCGAUAAAACGGAUCGUUCAGGUACUGCUAUAGUCUUUGACAUCAUACUGAACUGUCCACCUGAUUUACAAUGUCACACACUGAACAAUGAAAUGAAGCUAUUUACCAGCAUCCGUGAAAAAUUCAAUAAUGUAGCCAACGUUAAUAUUACGACGGAUGAUGGAAACUAUAUACCUGCGGAUCUCUGUCAUGUUCAGUCUUAUCUCAAUCCCAAUAGCAACAACGAGGAUGAUAAAAGUGCUAAUGGUAUUGUCAUCGAAUUGAUAGCAGCAACAACCACAACAAUCACAACUACAGGAACAACUAUAACAACAACAACAACAACAACAACAACAAGUACAACUACUACAACAACAGCUGGAUUGGUAUGGAAAGCUACAGGAAACAUGAAUGCUGCAAGAGAGUAUCAUACUGCAUCUAAAUUAGCAAAUGGAAAAGUACUAGUUGCUGGUGGAUAUAAUGGUGCUGUUCUAAGUAGUGCUGAAUUAUAUGACCCAUCAACAGGUAUCUGGACACCUAUUAGUCCCAUGAGUACGCCACGACAGUAUCAUACAGCAACCAUACUACAAAAUGGAAAUGUGCUAAUUAGCGGUGGGUAUUCUGGUAUAGAAUAUUUAGAUACUGCUGAAUUCUAUGACUCAUCAUCAAACACUUGGGCACCUACAGAUAACAUGAAUGAUGCGCGAAGCGAUCAUAUUGCAGUUAUGCUAGGAAAUGGAAAAGUAUUAGUUAGUGGUGGUUUGCAUACUAGUGGUGGUAUUUAUGUAAGUAGUGCUGACUUAUAUGAUCCCUCAACAAAUACUUGGACAUCUGCUAGUUCGAUGAGUUCUCCACAUGCUGAUGCUAUGGCAUCUAUAUUAACAAAUGAUACUGUCUUAGUUGUUGGUGGAAGUGCUGUGGCCACUUUAUCUAGUGCUGAAAUAUACAAUCUCCCAACAAACACUUGGUCAGGUACAGGUGACAUGAAUUUUGCUCGAGAGAGGGCUACAGCAUCUGUAUUAUUAAAUGGAAAAAUAUUAGUUGCUGGUGGACGUAAUGGUCCAUCCAUGAAUGUUGCUGAAUUAUAUGAUCCAUUGACUCACACCUGGACAGUUACAGGAAGCAUGAAUUGUGCGAGAAGUGGUCAUGCAGCAUCCGUUUUAUCAAAUGGACAUGUAUUAGUUACAGGUGGAUGCGAUACUACUAGUGUUGCUGAAAUAUAUGAUCCAUCAACAGGAACUUGGACAGUCACAGGAAAUAUGGUUGCUGCGCGCAGCUAUCAUACAAUGUCUCAAUUGACAAAUGGAACAGUAUUGCUUGCUGGUGGUGUUGUUGAUAGCACUAAUAUUUAUUUAAAUAGUGCAGAAUUAUAUUAA